UUUUUCUCUUUCUUCGUCACAAACUGUCGGAUCACAUUUCCACCGACGCCGAAAGCAAAAGAAGAAGAAGAAGAGGAGAGACCCAAUUAGACAAAACCAAAAAACCAAAGUAGAUCAGAGAGAUGGAAGGAGAUAGAAGGGUUGGAGUUGCCUUAGAUUUCUCUCCUUGCAGCAAGAAAGCCCUAAAAUGGGCUGUUGAGAACGUGGUUCGUGAUGGAGAUCACCUCAUCCUCAUCAAUGUUCAGCCCGAAGGAUAUUACGAAGGGGGUGAGAUGCAGCUCUGGGAGACCACUGGUUCUCCCUUGAUCCCUUUAAGUGAAUUCUCGGACCCUGUGAUCAUGAAGAAAUAUGGGGUGAAGUCUGAUGCAGAGACCUUGGAUAUUCUCAACACCGCGGCCAGACAGAAAAAGAUUGUGGUGGUCACAAAGGUCUACUGGGGAGAUGCCCGUGUGAAGAUAUGUGAAGCCAUUGACAACAUUCCUCUCAGCUGCAUCAUCAUAGGAAGCAGAGGACUUGGAAAGAUCCAGAGGGUUUUAUUGGGCAGUGUUAGCACCCAUGUAGUGAACACUGCUGCUUGCCCGGUUACUGUUGUGAAGACUUGAAGAUUACGGGUAAUGAAGGCUAGUCCCUUUUAUAUUGCAGAAAUCAGAGUUGUGUUCUAAGACCAUGGUGAAACUUGAUUUUAGCUUUCAUAGUAAGAGUUUCUCUUUCAUAUGGAUCGGCCAUGGAUUUGUCUUAAAUAAAUAAAUAGUUCCUUCUGUUCA